AUGGUCGCAAAUCGUCCAGUAACACCUAGAGAUGAAGGAGAGGCCUCGGGGAACGCUCAGAACCCAUCACCAGUUAAAGAAAAGGUGCGGACGUUGACGCAAUUCUGGCGGCAAAAGGACCUCGGUGUUAGCCAACAGGAUAUCUUCAAGUUCUGCCACGUUCCUCCACGCACUGGAUAUCGCUAUAUUGCAGAUGCGGCAGCCGUCUUCUACAUCUUAUUGCCAUUCCAUCAAUAUUUCAUUUCUCAGGAAUACAUAAACUUAAUUGUACUUCUGUAA